UCCCUAGACAUAAACUAUAAAUAAUGCCUUCACACUCACCAUAACAAACCUCAGACGGAGUCACGCCGCGUGAGCCCGAAAAGAGAAGGUUCCCCCGAAGGGAACAACCUUAGUCCGGCGAUCAAAAUCACCAGCGACGAGAUGUACAAGCACGCCCCCCAGCGCAGGAGGGGAUGACUGUAGCCAAAUCAAACCGCUAGACCGAUAUUCACGCCAUGGCGAAAGUCAUCUUCACACCAUGGAAGGAGCACUCCCAAUUACUCGCGGUGCGGGGGCAAUUCUACCCCCUGCCAUUUCAUGAUGGGCCCGACAUGCGCUCCAAGGCCUGCGCCACCGUCGGAGCCUGGAAGCUGCGCGGUAACCUGCCACACCCGGUCGAGGCUACAGCCUUGCUCACGGAUGCGAUUCUGCACGACGAUGCGCAGAAAAAUUCCAUUUUCUCUAUCAGAGCCACGUACUCGGCUGCUUUCUGUCGAUUCGUGACGGGUCUCGUCGACUCCAAGAUCCACGGUCAGCGAAAGACCAUGUUUCAACGAGCCAUUGAUCUGGGGCUGCCGGCGUCGUUCGUGGAACUGCGCCACGAGGCCACCCAUCGUGAACUGCCGUCGCUGACGGUCCUGCGGAACGCGACGCAGCGGUCCCUGGAGUGGCUGUGGGAUUACUACUGGGCCAAGACGGAUCUGAGCGCUGAUGCGGUGCCUGUUGUGUCCGAGCCUGGGGUCCUGGAUGGCGCGGAUGAAGACGUCGAGCCGAUCAUGGCGGCUGUUCGGACGACGUUCGACCAAAUGAUGCGCGAAGACGAGUCCGAGCCGCCGCGCAAGAAGAGGAGGUUCCAUCAGAAUGUCUCCUCUGCGUCGACGCAGCUGGUCUCGAUAUGCAAGGCGUCUAGUCUGGGGGCGUCGGCGUUGGCGGGCGUUAUCCUGGAGGACUCGAUACUUGUUCCUACGGGACGGAGGAUCGGGGAUUCCAUGACGGAGACGUUUGCCAAAUGGGACCACUUACUCCAGAUGCUCGCGGAAGGCCACUCGCCGUUCCUGGCCGCGCUGACGGAGGAGCUGGUGAAUAUAGUGGCUUUUUCGAAUUCGAAGGACACGAAGAACGACCCCUUCUGCGAAGGGAUCUACAUGUGGCUGGACCAUAUACUCACAUCGCCGGAGUGGGAGUCGAGACGGCGACUACUUUCGUACACGUACAUCGACGCGGUUUGCGCGCAGAGUUCGAAUCACUGGACGGCUCUGCUGAAGGAGAGCGUGCAGAACGGUCCUUCCAGGGACCCUGCUAGCCUGAUACCUGCAACAAGGCAGCAGCCCAAGAAGGCGAAGGCUGGGGCCAAGCGCACUGAAAAUGCGGCCGUGGCUGAUGAUUUGAAAGAGCUGAAGAAGUACGGGUGGGAGACGGUGGAUUCGUUUCAGCCUGUGAGAGCGCGCGCGCAACAAACCAGAGCCAUGCAGAUCCAAUCGAUCCCGAUGUGGACCGGGAAGGGCAAUAACUAUGCCUACCUGGUCACGGAUGAGCCGACCAAGGAGUCCGUCAUUAUUGAUCCGGCUAAUCCGCCCGAAGUGACCCCCGUGCUGCAAUCUCAAAUCGAUGCCGGAACGAUCAAGCUCUCGGCGAUAGUGAACACUCACCAUCACUGGGACCAUGCCGGCGGUAAUGACGAGAUACUCAAAACCUUCGGCAAGCUCCCCGUCAUCGGCGGAAAGAACUGCCAAUCCGUGACGAAGACCCCAGAGCACGGGGAAGAGUUCAAGAUCGGAGAGCGCAUCUCCGUCAAGGCGGUGCACACGCCCUGCCACACGCAGGACAGUAUCUGCUACUUCAUGCAGGAUGGGGACGACAAGGUCGUCUUCACGGGCGAUACCCUGUUCAUUGGAGGAUGUGGCCGGUUCUUCGAGGGUACUGCGCCCGAGAUGCACAAGGCGUUGAACGAGACUCUGGCGGCGCUGCCGGACGAUACGAAGGUCUAUCCUGGGCACGAGUACACCAAGGGGAACGUCAAGUUCUGUCUUGCGGUAUCGCAGUCGGACGCGAUCAAGAAGCUGGAUGCGUUUGCGACUGCGAACGAGCAGACGCAGGGGAAGUUCACCAUUGGCGAUGAGAAGCUUCACAAUGUGUUCAUGCGUGUCAACGACCCCGAGAUCCAGCAGAAGACCGGCAAGACGGACCCGGUGGAGGUGAUGGCCGCUCUGAGAGAGAUGAAGAACAGCAUGUAAAUUUACUUCUCUCUUCUCCUGCAUGAAUGUAAAUUCGUACGUAGCUACGAGAAUGCGAGCUGAAUUGACUGCCACCAAACC